AUGAAGAUCUCGUUUGUUGGUAAAGGUGGCUCAGGAAAGACCACCAUUUCCUCGUUGUUUUUGUUGUGGGCCUCGAAGAACUUGGACUCAAUUGACGACAUUGAUCAAGCUUGCGAAAACAGCUCCAACCCAGACCUCUUGUUUUCCAAUCCCCCAGCUGGUGAUGAUGCCAAAUUAAAGGACUAUCCAACAUUGAUCUGUGCAAUUGACGCUGAUUUGAAUAUGCAACUACCCGAUACUUUGAACAUUCAUGUUCCCACCAAAAAAUAUUUAUCAAAUCAUGACAACAACACAAAAAUUCGCAAGUUCUUGAAAAACAACAACAGCAGAAUCAAAAGCUUUGGUCACUUCAAAAAGACAACUCCACCAGCUGCUGGUUCGAAUAUAAUUGAUCCUACUGAUUUGUCUUUUUUCAACGAUUACUCUUCCACCAUUUAUGACCUUGAUCAACAAACCAAAACCGAACCAUCCAAUUACGACAGUGACCUGGACGAUUACAAUGAUUUCAAUGAUGAUUCAGAUCAAGAUGAAAACGAAGACGGAAACGAAAACCAAAAUGAAAAAGAGCAUUUUUAUAAAGACAAGAGAUUUAAUCCCAUUCAUUUGGCUGUGGUUGGUAGUUAUGGCGAUUUAGACUCUGAUGAUAAAGAUAAGGAAACUGCCCAAAAAACUCAUGCUCAUAAUCAUAAUCAUAAUCAUAAUCAUAGUCAUAAUCAUAAUCAUAGUCAUAAUCAUAAUCAUAAUCAUAAUCAUAAUCAUCUCCAUGAUAAAGAUAAUAGUGGGGAUAGACAUUUAGUAAAAAGAUACAAAAGAAACAACAGUGUCUCCAGUGAUUCAAGUUCCACAAGUCUUCAAAGUAAUAAUAGCCAUUCAAGCAGUGCAACAAGUUUAUCAUCAUCUGCAUCUUCAUUAUCUUUAUCAACUAACCCAAUAGAUGAAAAAUCCCAACUAAACAAUGUUAUCGGUACAAGUUGCUAUCACAAUAAUUUAUCAAUCUUAGAAAAUAUCUUAUCUCAUAUGAAAGAUGAACCAAAUUAUCAUGAUAACACCAAAAAAAACAGAAUUUUGUUGGCUUGUGAUAUGGUCGCUGCUAUUGAUUCUUUUGCAUCAACUCUAUACUCUCAAUUUGACUUGACUAUUGUUGUUGUUGAACCAACUGUUCACAGUAAAAAAAUUGUUUUGCAAUUUUUAAAAUACGGCAAAGCAGCUGGAAAGGAUAUCUAUGAUAGAUUAUUCUUAAUCGGUAAUAAAAUUGAAAAUGACGAUGAUAAAAAAUUUAUUCAAAAAAUUUGUGGUAAAAAGAAAGUUCUUGGUUAUAUUGGUAGGUUAAAUUCAAUUAAAAAAUGCGAAAGAGAAGGCAAUGGAAUCAAAUUAAACGAUAACGAUUUUCUUGAAAUCAAUGAACCAAUGAGAAAUAUCUAUAACACAGCUAAACAAUCAAUUGUUCCCUACAAUGAGAGAUUAAAUAAAUUGUAUCAACUACAUGAAAAAUAUGCAAAAUUACCUUAUGUUUAUGAAAGAUUUGGUGAUAUUACAAAUCAAAUCGACAAAGAGUUUCAUUUUUAA